CGAAAGUCACAUUGGCUACCUUGAAUUUGGGGAUUGUUUUUCAGGGACGUUGAAGCUAGAUACUCCUGUCGUUAAAGUUUUUUUCUAUUCAUCAGAUGAAUUACUCGAUCCUGUUCGCAAUUAUUUUGGGCGUGUCAUGCUUUGUAUUUGGAUAUUUUUAUUCACUUUUUAAUUAUUUGCAACCACAAAUGAAUGGAUCAAGUUCUACUGAGUUUAGAGAUGCAAUUCAUGUUUAUAAAGGUCAUAUACAGAAAAACAAUGAACUUGGCUCUUCUUUUUCUGUAUUUUAUCGUGGAGAACAUGUCGUCGAUACAUUAGGAGGUUAUGCAGAUAAGCGCUUUCGACUGCCAUGGGUAACUUCAACUAUAAGCCAACUGUUCACUAUGUCUAUGGUUGUUGUUCCUUUCGCAUUCGCUAAGUUGUAUCAAGACGGACUUCUGGAUAUUGAUUCUUCGAUUCAACAUUAUCUUCCGCAAUUUGUGGUUGCCAAUGUCACUGUGUCUGAUUUACUCACACACCAGUCCGGUUUUCCAUACUUUAUAGGUCACGUAUCGUUAGCUAAAUGGAGAGAUGAUCACAGGAAUGCACUGAAUGAUAUCAUUAAUCAGAUACCACCUGUCCUACCACAGACCCAAAUGUUUCAUCUACACUCUAUGGCUUUAUUGUCUGAUGCAAUCGUGCGCAAAGUAGACCACAAGAAACGAACAUUGGGACGUUAUUUCAUGGAAGAAAUCGCUUGGCCUCUCGGUUUGGAUAUGCUUAUUGGGAUUCCACGUACCCAACUUUAUCGUGUUGCACGAACCUAUCACGCCAAUGGUCUAAGUGUAGUUAACGCUAUUUUACAUCUAGACGUGAAAUAUGCGUGGACAAAUUUGGUCACUGCUGGUUGGCUUCCGUAUUCAAAAGAGCGAAAUAUGGCGUUGAAUGUGUUUAAUGAUUAUGAGUUUUAUUAUAAUUGGAAUCCCGACUUUUUGGAAAUCCCACUGGUUUCAUCACACCUGUUCACAAACGCACGAAGUCUGGCUCGCCUAUUUACUCUUUUGGGAAACUCAGACAGUACACCGUUCGUCUUCAGAAGGUCGAUACGAGAUUGGAUGCUGCAGGUUGUCAAUACCUCUUCUUACGACCCAGUUCUUCAUCGAUAUUUGAAACUCAGUUCCGCAGGCUUUAUGGUCACUAAUUCACCCAAGGUACUUUUGAUUUGAUUAGUAAUUUCGAGAAUUUAUAUUACAAUGAAGUACAUCGCUGUUGUUUUACUUCAAGGGCCAUUCAAAAUGAUGAAAUUACGUGUUAUUAGAUACACCGAAAGAAGUCAACAUGGUGCCAGCCACCAAAAAGAAACACGGCCUUCACUCAACAGUCAUUUUCCGUGCUUCAAGCAAAUCUUAUAUUAAAACAUGACACCAGACAGUAUUAGAUUUCUGCCUUAGCUUGUCAUUUUGUCGGAAAUGUUUUUAAUUGCAUCAAAUAUUCCGGAUAAAUGUUUAAAUAUAAUAAUCUUACUUGACCUAUUGAAAUAGUUACUUUAACUCUACUCAUAUUCUAAGUGAGCUGUCAAGUAAAUCUCGGCAUAUUUUACAGUUGUACAAUGUUGAAAUGUCGGUGUAGCUUCAUUGAUUAUUUUACUGUCAAUGAUAGAGUUGGAAAGUUGAUCAUAUAUUCAUUUUCGCAUGCUCCUCACUUACUGAAUCAGUAUGUGGGGAAAUUUUUAAAAUCUGUAAAUUUGUUUGUUGAAUAAAUGUAAAGGUAAUACUUG